AUGACAUCGUUUGCUGCUGUCGAGCAGGAUAUAGAACUCGCUAGACAACUUGCUUCUUCUUUUUAUAGUAGUUUUGCAGCCAAAGGUACAUCUUCACUUAAUGGAUUAGAUCGUUUUGUAACUCUAUGCGGUCCUUUUCGAAAUCGAACGGGAACUUGCAGUGUUACUAUUCUGCUUGAGCGUUCGUUUGUAAGUAGUAAAAUCAUUGACUCCAAUUCAUCUAAUUUUGUGGUCUGUGCAGAAUGGAAGGUUCUCUUUGGUCCAUCCUACCCAACAGAGCCAUGUACUUGGCAUUUUGAUAAGGAUUGUAAUACACACAGAAAUAGUCAUAUGAGUGGAGAUACCAUGCGGCUUCGUGUUAGACUACGGUCAUUUCUUGUAGAGGAAGUAGUAUCACGUCUAUCUUCAUCAUCGAGACUAACAACUUCAGGCACCUCAUAUGCAGCGGCAUGUACACCUGAUGCGAGUAAACAUAAUGAUUAUUAUUCGUUUAACUCACGUGGUGUUAAUAGGGAACUUUCACCAGAAAGACUAUUACCGCCAGGAGGUACACCCUCCUUAACGGAGGACUCUGCAAGACUAGAAAAAAAGUGUAGUGAUGGUACUAUACCAGUACCACAGUUUCUCUUUGAUUUUGCAUUUCUUUGUAAUUGGUGGAUGUCAUUAGAAUUAGAUGAUGGAUGUAUUGUGCCAGCCAGUCAUCAAAUGUUGCAUGGGAUAGCCUCUGUUGGAAAUAUGGUCGCAACAGAAGAAGAAGGUAGUGGUGGUGGAUUUAUGAACUCGGGUCAUACUACCCAUUUUUUGGAAGCUGUAGGAGGAGGGAAUAGAAGUGAAUUACCAAAACGUGGAUUUGCAGCUAUAUUUACUCCACACGGUGAAGUUCUCAUGUGGGGAUUUGGUCGUCUGAAGAAAAAGAGAAGCACACAAGGUAAACAAACGGUUGGAGAUAUGCAUUCCAGUACAAGUGAAAUGAAUAGGGAUAAAACGCAAUCGUUUACUCCCCCACAAUUGAUAUUGUCAGUCUCGUCGUCAUCAUCGUAUACUAAUAUGAAUCAUAAUAACAAUACUACUACUACUACUACUACUAUGACUGGUAAUGUUUCCAGUUCUACGGAGUUUACAGAGGUACGUAAAUAUAGUAAUCAACGCAACCACUAUCAUCAUCAUCAUCAUCAUCAUGAGUGGCAGAGGCUUCACAUUACAUCUUCCUCUAGUGAUGGAACAAGUGAAGUGUUACCAUCCUUAUUGGUACCAAAAAAUAUUCUAUAUACAGAACUUUAUCGCAUGAAUGAUGUUUGCCUUUGUGCAGAAGAUCCUGCUACAGCAUUGAAGAAAAAUAUUCGUAUUUGUAGAGAAGGAACGAAACUUCGUGGUGUAGUAAAAGCUUUUCGAAUGUUACGUCAACUUGUAAAAGGAGCAUCUCCACAUGCACCUUCCUUGUAUACUGUGCAACUCUUAGCACCCGCCUUGCAUGAAGUUGUAAAGGCGCUUCAACUGCUGCAGAAACCUUUUUGGGCAGGAGUGGCUAUUUGCUGCUUUACACUUCCAUCCUUGUUAAGUGAUCGUCCAAUGAUGUUGAACCUUGACUCACUUUUGAUUGACCCAGUUGAGAGUCAUCGCUGUGUUUCUCUUGUGGCAACCGUAUUUUCUAUUGUUGGUUCUGUUAUUCAGUUUCGGGAAGCUGAAAUAGCAAAAAAGGCGAUAGAAAAUAUACAUGGUGUUACGAAACGGCAUUUAAAAAUUCCUGAUAAAUCAAUCUGUGGAGAUAACACUAACAAUGGUAUUGGCAAUUGCUCUCCUAGUUCCAGUAACAGUAAUAAGAAAGGGGAUGUGAAGAAUAAUUCCUCUGUCUUUACGGGUCAUCCACCGAUCACUGAGUGUGCCGUCUGCAGACUUCCUCUUCCGCAACGUCCAACACCGAUUGGUGUUCAUGGUGAUGGUGAUAGUAUUAAUAGUAGUAAUAAUAAUAAUAGUGGUAGUGCUGCUGCUUCUACUUCUUCUUCUGCUGCUUCUGCCUGUAAUGGUGGUAAUAAGUAUGGAAAUAAUGCCAUGAGGACGACUGUUGUUGAAGGUGGAUCACCGUUGUCUUCUGGUAAUGAGGAUGGGUGUCUCACCCUUCAAUGUGCUCGUUGUGGUCAUGGUGGACACGUUGAUCACAUUCUUGCUUGGUGGGAUGACUGUAAUGUACGCUGUUGCCCUAUGGGAUGUGAUUGUCUAUGCAUUUAUUGA